CAAACAAUUAUUCCAGUCACCUGAAAAAAAGGCUCCAAUAAUGUCUCCGCCGUUAAAAACCUCCCUCCACCACCUCCUCCUCCCUCUAUGCCUUAUAUUUUCAGUUGCCACCGCCGGUCCAAAUGCCAACCUUGGUCCUAGAAAAUCCGGCAAGGGCGGCAAAGGCAAAGGUGGUGGCAAAGGUCGUGGACCCGCCAUACCGGUGGGACCCGUGCCCCCGAUUCCGGCAGCCGGAAACGAUUUUCAGACCAAUUUUAAGGGUUCAUGGGCGAUCGACAACCCGAAUGCAGGUGUUGCCGCUAUGCAAUUCCAGUUGAUGUCGAACAAUAAGGCGGUGUGGUUUGAUACGACGUCGCUUGGACCAUCUGCCCGGGAGUUGGGCCCACCGGGCAACUGCCCUAAAUCGCCUGAGAUGAACUUUAAACCCGAUUGCUAUGCACAUGCCAUUGCUUAUGAUGUUGAAACUGGACAAAGCCGGACAAUUUACAUGGACGGAGAGCCAUGGUGUUCGUCGGGAAACCUGUGGCCCAACGGCGACUUGGUGGCUACCGGCGGAACUAAAGGCGGUUCUAGAUCCGUUAGAUCGUUGUCGUUAAAAGACCCAAAAGCUAACUUUGUCGAGAAGAAAAACAUUCUUGCUGAUAAGAGAUGGUAUUCAUCUAACCAGAUUUUAGAAGACGGAAGCGCGGUGGUGGUUGGUGGCCGGAAUUCCUUCAGUUACGAACUCGUACCUCCACAUCUUUUGGAAUUCGCGCCAAAGAAAUUCAACCUAAAAUUCCUCCAAGAAACCACCGUACCUAGAAAACCCGGCCCUGGAAUGUACAUCGAAAACAACCUCUACCCCUUCCUCUUCCUCCUCCCCGACGGUAACGUUUGGCUCUUCGCCAACGACCGCGCCAUCACCUUCCAGCCACGAACCGGCAAAAUUGUCCGGCAGUUUCCUAAAUUGGAAGGCGGAGCGCGGAAUUACCCACCUUCCGGGAUGUCUGCUCUCUUCCCGUUAAUCGUCGGCCCAAGGGAGAUCCACGCAGAGGUGGUGGUUUGCGGUGGUAAUGCACAGGAAGCGUACGCGUCGGUUGACAGCAAACACACGAACAACAAGAAAAGAGUGUUUAUGCCGGCGCUUCGAGAUUGCCAUAGACUGAAGGUGAUGAAUCCGACUUCGACGUGGGAGAAAGAACAGGACAUGCCGUCGGGAAGAUGUAUGGGCGACCUCCUCCACCUCCCCACCGGCGAUCUUUUAAUGAUAAACGGCGCAACGAAGGGUGUCGCUGGUUGGGAAAACGCUAUAGAUCCGAAUUUCACUCCUGUGUUAUACACACCGAAUAAACCCAUGGGUCAACGAUUUAAAGAAAUGGCUCCGACGACUAUCGCCAGAAUGUACCAUUCCGUGGCGGCGUUGGUACCGGACGGGAAAGUUUUGGUCGCCGGAAGUAACCCACAUGCGAAAUACCUUUACAAGGUUCCAUACCCGACGGAGCUCCGAGUGGAGAAAUUUUCGCCUCAUUAUCUUGACCCGGCGCUCGCCAUCCACCGGCCGGUGGUUUCGCCGGAGGCGUCAGAUAAGGUGUUGAAGUACGGGAAAGAAUUCAAAAUUUCGGUAAAAUUUAACGGAGGGAAAGCGAAUCCUCAAGAUGUGAAAGUGACGAUGCUUUAUCCUCCAUUCACGACUCAUGGGUUUUCGAUGAAUCAAAGAUUGUUGGUUCUGCCGCUGAAGACGGUGGCUAAUAACUUGAUAAUGGCCGUGGCGCCGCCGUCUGGAAAGAUUGCUCCACCGGGUUACUAUAUUUUAUUUGUGAAUUUCCGCGGUAUUCCCGCCAAGGGUAUUUGGGUUCACAUUGAUUAAGAGAUUUUUCGUAUGAUAUGUACAGAAGGUAUGUUUGACUAAUUAAGUCGAAAAUGUAGUUUUUGUUGAUAUUAUUUUUUGUAUUUUACGAGCCUAAUUUAGUAAUUUACAUAGUUCGAAAGUUGUAUAAUAAUUGGUUAAUUAGAAAGAAUGGGAAUAUUGCUUACAGAUUAUAUUACAAGAUAC